AUGAGGGUGCCAGCGCGCUCCCUGCAGCAGCACGGGACACAGGGUGCUACCCACAGCAGGACGCUGCAGGCCCCCCGCCCCGCGCGCGCCGCCCCCCGCCUGUCGCUGCGCGCGGCCGCCACCCAGCAGAGCAGCAGCAGCGACACGCCCGUGGACGUGCUGCGCCGCGAGAACGAGGCGCUCAAGGCCACUAUUAGUGAGACCACCGGCAGCAUCAAGGAGCUCGAGGGAGACCUCGCCGGCCUCCAGGCUGAGGUGCCCGAGCGCCCCGCCAGCACUGCGGUGGCCACGGCCGACCCCAGCACGCUGCAGCCCGAGGACUUCUGGAGCCCAGCCAUCGAGGUGCCGGAUGGUGUGGAGUAUGUGGACGAGUACGGGGCCAUCACCCCGGUGCCCGACCACGACGGUACUGCGUGCUUCAAGUGGGAUGACACGCUCUGGGCCAAGGCGGAGCACUUCAAGUACCGGUGGAACGUGUUCCGCAACAUCCGCAACGCCAUAGACCAGAACGAGGGCGGGCUGGACAAGUUCACGCAGGGCUACAAGUUCUACGGCUUCAACCGCGGCGAGAAGGACGGCCAGCAGGGCAUCUUCUACCGGGAGUGGGCGCCCGCGGCCAAGGCGCUGGCGCUCAUCGGCGAGUUCAACGGCUGGGAGCCCAAGGAGAACCACUGGGCCUCCAAGAACGAGUUUGGUGUGUGGGAGCUGUUCCUGCCCAACGGCGCGGACGGCACGCCCGCCAUCCCCCACAAGACCAAGAUCAAGGUGCGCCUCGAGACCGGCUACGGGGAGUGGGUGGAGCGCAUCCCCGCGUGGAUCAAGUGGGCCACCCAGGAGUGGAACGAGAUCCAGUUCAACGGCGUGUACUACGAACCCGAGGAGAAGGGCGCGCCGGGGGAGAUCGCGGCUGACAAGGCGUACACCUUCAAGUACCCGCGGCCGCCCAAGCCGCGCGCCCUGCGCAUCUACGAGUGCCACGUGGGCAUGUCCAGCCAGGAGCCCAAGGUCAACUCCUACCUUGAGUUCAAGGACGAGGUGCUGCCCCGCAUCCGCCGCCUGGGGUACAACGCCAUCCAGAUCAUGGCCAUCCAGGAGCACGCUUACUACGGCAGCUUUGGCUACCACGUGACCAACUUCUUCGCGGCGUCCAGCCGCUGCGGCACCCCUGACGAGCUCAAGGCCAUGAUUGACGAGGCCCACAGGCUGGGCCUGGUGGUGCUGAUGGACAUCGUCCACAGCCACGCCUCCAAGAACACCAACGACGGCAUCAACAUGUUCGACGGCACGGACGCCCAGUACUUCCACAGCGGUGCCAGGGGCAACCACUGGAUGUGGGACAGCCGCCUGUUCAACUACGGUGGGCCUGAGGGAGGGGUUGACCAGGGCAGCUUGGUUUGA